CAGUUAAACACUGAAAGCCCGGAAGUUGUCAGACAGCCGACUCCCAAUGCACAUGGGAAAUACGAACACAGAGCAAUGAAAAACAGAAAAAAGCCCAAUAAUAGGCCCAAUAAGGCCAAAUUCAAGCCUGGAUCUAAGAAGAGGGAAAAUAAAUGCGUCCUAAUAUUUGACGACGAAGAGAGAGAGGAUUAUCUCACUGGUUUCCAUAAACGGAAAGUGGAAAGGAGGAAAGCAGCUGUGGCAGAAAUACGCAAGAAGAUCAAGGAAGAACAAAACAGAGUCAGAGAAGAGAGGCAUAAGGAAUACGUGAAAAUGCUGAAGGAGAGACAAGAAGCGCUCGCGGAAAGUGAAGAUGAUCUGGAGGAUGUGAUCACCAAUACAACAGAAUCUGUUCAAAUUGACCAUCCAAAUCACACGGUCACAGUGACGACCAUCAGCGACCUGGACCUAACCGCCAAUCACCUGCUCGAACGAGUAGCAAAUAAGGCCAACGGGGAACCUAAAGAAAAUGAAAAUGGGGAGGAAGAGGAGAAACCAAUGACAAUGCCCAAAAAAGCUGGCAAUCCAAUCUUGAACAAAAAGAUCCGCUCGCUGACCGCCUCGCUCGGCGUCUACACCAGCAAGGGGAAGAGGAAAGGGAAGCAGGACGGCCGAGGAGGACGAGGCCGACAGACAGAUAAGAAGGCGGACAAGAGAGUCAGUGAGAGCAAAAUCAGCGGCAAGAAAACCAGCAAGUGGCACAGGCGACGCAUGACGGGGAAGAAGCAGCGGCAACAAGAAUGAACGCUCAUCAUCUUUUUUUCGGACUGUUCACACCUUGGUUGAAGUGCUUAACAGAUCUUAAGAUGGUGGUUUGGCUAAUCAUGUUCAACAUUGACCACUGGCUGAAUUUAAUGAGAAGCGAUUGUAAGAGCCGCGUCCACAUGCAAGUACUCCGUUUUGAGCAAGCGGCAUUGCCGCAGAGGUAUGACAAUAACAACGCCUUUGUGAUUGCGGUUGUAGUUUGCCAAAUUGCACUGCGGCAUACCGAGAGCUGCCCUUUGUCACGUUUAGAUCUCGGUUCAUUCAUAAAAAAUUACCAAGUUCGAUUUGCGAAAAGGCUGUUCCUGUGUGCUUUAUUGUGGCCGUGCAGGUGUGCCUUAAUGGUGUGGCUGGUCCUGUAUUUCCACACGUCCUGCCAUGUAAACACUUGGUAUCCUUUGACUCUGUCAUUUUCAUACACUCACUGUUUUAGUUUGAUGAAAGCUUAAUCGCCUCAUUAAAUCCCAACAUUGUCACA